AUGUACGACAUGAAGCCCUUCAAUACAAUACAUCACUAGUCGUGUGGUCUGCUCACUCCCUCCCUCUAUCUCUCCUAAAAAAUCGCUCUCAAGAAGCAAAGAAUAAGAGCUUCAGGCUUCAAGAAUGGCUGCUGCAAACGCUGUCACCGCAAACUAUGUCCUGAAACCACCUCCGUACUCAUUGGAUGCGUUGGAGCCGCAUAUGAGCAAACAGACAUUGGAGUUUCACUGGGGAAAGCAUCACAGAGCCUACGUGGACAACCUCAAGAAACAGGUUCUUGGAACUGAGCUCGAAGGCAACACACUGCAACACAUCGUUCUCAACACGUACAACAAAGGCGAUAUCCUCCCCGCUUUCAACAAUGCUGCUCAGGCAUGGAACCACGAGUUCUUCUGGGAAUCGAUGAAGCCGGGAGGUGGGGGGAAGCCGGGCGGGGAGCUAAUGGAUCUGAUAGAAAGGGAUUUCGGCUCCUACGACAAGUUCUACGAAGAGUUCACCGCAGCAGCAGCCACUCAGUUUGGGUCUGGCUGGGCUUGGCUUGCCUAUGACAAGGAGAAACUCAAGAUUGUGAAAACCGCAAAUGCCGUCAAUCCCCUCGUCCUGGAUUCUUUCCCGCUGCUUACCAUCGACGUGUGGGAGCACGCUUAUUACCUCGACUUCCAGAACCGGAGACCGGACUACAUAAAGACGUUCAUGAACAACCUUGUUUCAUGGGAGGCUGUCACUUCCAGACUCUAUGCUGCAAAAUCUGCUCUCUCCUCCUGAUCAUAUCUAUAUAUAUAUAUAUAUAUACAUCACCUCCUCCUCAAUGAGUUCAUUUUCUCUAUCAUAUAUUAAUUACCAUAAAAAAAAUAAAAAGAAAAUGUAAACUCUCCUUUUCUGUGGUUGGUUGGUCUUUUUUUUAUGUGGGGAUGUGGUAAUAAAGAACACUCAUUGUCAGGUUUUGGUUUUUAAUGUUGGAUUUGGAUUUGGAUUCGGAUUGGAUUCGGUUAUGGUUA